CAAUCCUAAUUCCUAAAUUUUGCAUAACCUGAAACCCUAGCACUCAUCAUCAUCCCCUUCACCACACCACCUGCACUUUCACCUCAGCCCUAAACGCCGCGAUUCAGCUUUUCCGUUCCUCCGAAAAUUCCUGUUUAAGCUCCUAUAUCAAUCCUUCCAAUCCACACACAUUUCGCAAAAAUCCGGUGGAAACAUUUGUUGAUCGAUCCUCGAUGUCUUUCGACGGUGCACGUACAGCAGGGGCAUCCGGCGGGAGGCCUGAGCAAGCAAUUGGCCGUGCCAACGGCGGCGCCCUUGCCCCGGGGCUAAAAAAUGGCGCCGCGCCGCCCCCGACGUACUUGACGCACAGACUGAGGCUGAACCCCAAUUCGGAUCACAGGCCAGACAAUUAUGAGGAUUUGGACCUCGAAUUCAGCCCCUUGAUCUUCAGCUCGCUGGAGAGGUAUCUCCCGCCAAAUUUGCUGCAUCAGGCGCGUGAUGUGAAGUUGAAUUACAUGCGCGAAAUCCUUCUCCGUUACUACCCCGAAAACGAGCGAAUUAGGCUUCAGAAGCAUCGGGAGUACAGACAGAAGAUUAUAUCCAACUAUCAGCGUCUCCACCUUGACCUUUAUAAUAUGCAUCCGACAAACUUUUUCGUGCCUUCAUUCCUCAAGGCUAUCAAUGAAAACACUGAACAGGCUUUUAGAAACAUAAUGUCGGAGCCCUCUCCCGGAAUCUUCACGUUUGAAAUGUUGCAGCCACGGUUCUGUGAAAUGUUGCUGGCCGAGGUGGAAAAUUUUGAGAAAUGGGUGCACGAGACGAAGUUCAGAAUCAUGAGACCCAGUACAAUGAAUAAGUACGGUGCUGUUCUUGAUGAUUUUGGCAUGAAAAACAUGCUUGAAAAGCUCAUGGAAGAUUUUAUUCGCCCUAUAUCAAAAGUUUUCUUUCCUGAGGUUGGGGGAUCAAACCUUGAUAGCCAUCAUGGUUUUGUCCUUGAAUAUGGGAUUGAUAGAGAUGUUGACCUGGGUUUCCAUGUGGAUGACUCGGAAGUCUCCUUGAAUGUCUGCGUGGGUAAACAAUUUUCUGGGGGAGAACUCUUUUUUCGUGGAGUACGAUGUGAUAAACAUGUAAAUACAGAAACACAGCCUGAGGAGAUAUUUGACUACUCGCACGUGCCAGGACAAGCCGUUCUUCAUCGUGGUCGUCAUAGGCAUGGUGCUAGAGCCACUACAUCUGGAAAUAGGAUAAACCUAUUGUUGUGGUGUAGAAGUUCUGUAUUCAGAGAAUCAAAAAAAUAUCAAAAAGAUUUUUCCAACUGGUGUGCAGAGUGCCAACGCGAGAAGAAAGAAAGACAACGGCAGUCAGUUGCUGCUAUUAAAAUGGAUUUACUGAGGAGGGAGGGGCAAACUGCUACCUGAGCUGAGGUGGUUGUAUAUUUUGUUGUUGAAGCUGUGUAUUACAUUAGAAGCCAACUCAUAGCAAAUAUUCACAAUCAGCAGCAUCUAACAAUGAUCAUUUUGUUGUCUGUUUCAUUUGCAAUCCAAGCACAUAUGUAAAUGGAAUUAGUUAGGUGCAAGAAUUCUGUAUUGGUCCUAUAAACAUGCGCUGCAGUUGACUCAUGCGGUUAAAAACCAGCCAGCCUUGUUUUGUAUCCAAUUGUUUCGAUUUUCUUUA